CCGCCGCGUCCUAAUUUGUUUCGUUUGUCACGCCAAGAAUUUGUUGGCGUCCAGGAGGAGCCGCCGCCGCCGCCGCCGCCGUGCACCUGCCGUGACGUCAGUGCCGCCGCCGUGCCGCUGCCGCCGAGGAACAAUAACCAAAGUUCCCGGGCGGCGGCAGCGGCCUCAGUCCGCCUGACGUCAGCGUGCCAGACGCCGCCGCCGCCGCCGCCGCCGCCGCCGCCAACAUUAGCCCGCCGCCAAAGCCGCGGCGCCGGACCGGAAGCGGAGCAUUAGCCUCUAUGGACAAGUUGGGCGGCGGUGAAUUCGGCGAGAUGGGUUAUUGUGACGACGCGGGCUCAAGUUUUUAAAGCGCGGCGCUACGCUACCUGGGGCCCGGAGGAAGUGCAUUAAAACUCUGGCCUAUUAUGACAGGUGAGCCGCGGCGCCCCCCACCCCCCCGACCCCUCUGAGCCCCCCGCCAGCCCCAAGCCUGUGAGCCGCCACUGCCAGCCAGCCCCAGCGAUGGCCUCCCGCUGGCGAGGGCGCCGCACCACCACCACCAGCGUAAUCCUCUUCCGCCACAAGCACCUCCGCCGCCGCCUGCUGGAGGAUGUUCGCGACCUGGCGCGGCGGCAGCGGAGGCGGGAGCGCGCCCUGGCCCACGCCACGGUGGUGAUGCUGGCACGCGCCGCGCGCCGCAGGGAGGCGCGCGCCCGCCGCAUGGCAUCGCUCUUCACCAUGUUCAGGGUCAAGCCCCCAGAGAACGAGGGCACCUCCGAGGCCGUGGCCGCCCCCGCCCAGCAGCAACAGCAGCAGCAACAACAACAACAGCAACAACAGCAACAACAACAGCAACAACAACAACAACAGCAGCAGGGGUCACGGCAGGGGUCGUCGCUGCAGGCCACGAGCAGCACGGAGUCGGACCCGUCGCUGGUGUCGGCGGAGAGCGGCGCUAUGGCCCCGGGGGCGGCACCCCCCACCCUGUGGGGAGCGGACACCCCGCGUCGGCAGCGCGCCCUCUCGGUGGACGUGCCCUCCGAGGCGCCGCCGGACACGCCGCGGCGGCGCUCGGCGCCCGAGGUGGUGGUAACCCAAGUCUCGCCCCACGAGGAGGAAGCCGCCGCCCAGGCCGCCCACGCCCACGCCGAGGGGGACUCCCGCGCGCCCUCCCCGGCCAACACGCCCUCACCCUCGUUGCCCUCGCCGGGCCGCCUCAGCCCCACGGCCACGCCCGCGACCGCCCCCGGCAGCAGCUCGCCGCCCCGCUCGCCACGCCGCCUCUCCCGCCCGUCCUCGCACCUCUCGCGCCUGGCCCACGGCUCCCUCGCCUUCCGCAAGGGGUCCACGGGCGGCGCGGCGCCCCAGCAGGACAGCCUCACCCUCACCGAGGUCAGCGCCCCCCUCGAGGACUCCAGGUUCCUGGAUCUUGUGUCGAGCCUCACCUUGGUGCGGGCGAAGGAGCCGACGGCGGGGCAGCGCACAACGAAGGGUCCGGAGCUGAAACAAGACGCGCCCGUUGUGCUCAAAUUCUAACAACGAAACAACGAAGAUAUGACCCGAUCUUGGCUGUUUUCCUGCCUUAUCCUUGGUGGGGUUUAUUCUUGACUCUCCCUCGGCUUUGUCUUCAACCCUUUCUGGUCUUUUUUUCUUCGUUUUCUCCUCUCAAAAAAUAA